GUUAAAGAUGGCGGCGGUGGGGCCCGGUCCCGGGGCCGGCGCUGGAGCGGCCGGGGGGGCCCGCGGCGGCCGCCACUGAGCCCGGCCGCACCCCCCGGCACCGUCCGGGACCCGCCGGGAGCCUCCGGGACGCUCGGCUCCAGCCCCGCUGUCCCUGGCACCUGGCCCAGGGAUUCCCGUGGGAAGCGGCGAUGUCGGACAAGGGCGGCAGCAUGGACGGCAGGACGGACAUUGUCAACGGCAGCCUGUCCAGCAGCCCUGAGGACAUGUCAGCCGAGGAGGGCCGCGAGACGUCCUCGGGCAUCGAGGUGGAGGCGUCCGACCUGAGCCUGAGCCUGACGGGCGACGACGCCGGGGCCGCGCGGGGCCGCGCCAGCGACAGCGACAGCUCCGGGGACAAGGACAGCGACAGCAUGGACGACACCGGCCACUACUCCAUCCCCGAGGAGCCGCGGCACGACGAGGACGAGGAGGAGGAGGAGGAGGAGGAGGAGGAAGAGCCGCGGGCCCGGCGCAGGGCGCCCCGCAAGCGGCCGCCGCACGAGCGCGACUCGUCCGACGAGGAGCAGGCGCUGGAGGACUGGGUGGCCUCGGAGACGUGGGCGCUGCCGCGGCCGCGCUGGCGGGCCAUCCCGGCGCUGCGGCAGCGCCAGCUGGGCGGCUGCUCGCGCUUCGUGGCGCAGGCCUGCGGCGCCCGGCUCUUCGUGCAGAAGUUCCGGCUGCAGCACGGCCUGGAGGGGCACACGGGCUGUGUGAACACGCUGCACUUCAACCAGAGGGGCACCCGCCUGGCCAGCGGCAGCGACGACCUCAAGGUGCUGGUGUGGGACUGGCUGCGGCGCCGGCCCGUGCUGCAGUUCGACAGCGGGCACAAGAGCAACGUCUUCCAGGCCAAGUUCCUGCCCAACAGCGGUGACUCCACGCUGGCCAUGUGUGCCCGGGACGGGCAGGUGCGCGUGGCCGAGCUCUCGGCCACCCAGUGCUGCCGCAGCACCAAGCGCGUGGCCCAGCACAAGGGGGCUUCCCACAAGCUGGCGCUGGAGCCGGACUCGCCCUGCACGUUCCUGUCUGCGGGGGAGGACGCCGUGGUCUUCACCAUCGACCUGCGGCAGGACCGGCCCGCCUCGAAAUUGGUGGUGACAAAGGAGAAGGAGAAGAAGGUCGGGCUCUACACCAUCUUUGUCAACCCUGCCAACACCUCCCAGUUCGCCGUGGGCGGCCGUGACCAGUUCGUGAGGAUUUAUGAUCAGAGGAAAAUCGAUGAGAACGAGAACAACGGAGUCCUGAAGAAGUUCUGCCCCCACCACCUGGUACUGGGAGUACUGGGAGGGGACUGGGAGGGGACUGGGAGCACUGGGAUCACCCCAGAGCAUUCCCAUGGGAAGAGGCUCCUCCUUUUCCUGGAAAACCCUUCAGGAAGAGAUGGAAAAAACUCCCAGAAAUUUUUUUUUUGUUGGUUUUUUUGCCCCUCAAUCCCAAUUUUCUGCCUCCCUACAUCCUCAGCUGGGAGUGUAACUCUCAGAAUUCCCAGGAAAAGGGGCUGGAUCUGAGCUUUUCCCACUUUU